AUGUCUCAUAAAUUAAAUAGCAUAAGUACAAAAGUGUCUAGUUAAGAUAAUGUGAAAAUUAUUAGAAUAUAAUCUAAUAAAAAUCGUAAAUCUUAUAAUAAUCUUAUCAAUAAAAAUAAAAUUGAUCCUGAAAUAUUGAAUAAUUAGAAUAAUCAAUUAAAAUCUUAAAUCAACUCAUUGUCUGAUGAAGUCUAAGUUUAGAAAUUAAAAUAUCAAUAACUUUAAGUAUUGAUUGGUUUAAGAAUAGAGAGACUCUACCCAAAAUAUUAUGUUUGAUAAUAGCAAAACAUUUUUAAUUACUCUAAGACAAUAAUUGAAAAAAUCAGAAUUAGAUUUAAGUGAUAAAAUUAAAUAGAUAGAAGAAUACAAGAAAAUGAUUAAUAUUACUAAAUAUUAUGAAUUGCAAGUAUAAUUAAUAUAUUAUAAUUAUUAGAUUGAAUUAUUUAAUUAUUAAUAAUAAGCCCUCCUUUAUUAAUAGGAUAUAAAUGAUUUAAAAGAGCAAUUAAAAGAAUAUUAAAACUAUAAAAUAGAAGAUUUAUAUUAAAAGUAAGAAAAGAUAAUUAAGAAUAUAUCAAAAAAAAAUCAUGAUCUUAAAUUAGAAAAUAUAAAUAUGAAAACUGAGAGACAUUUUUUAACAAGUUAAAUUGAAUCAUUAAAAAUUUAAUUGAUUAUUAAAGAUAAAGAAAUUAAAAGAUUAAUCUCUUUUUAAAAGAAAUUAGAGGACAACUAAUUAUAUUAGAAUGCAGUAACUAAAUCAAGAUAAUAAAUUUUUAGAGAAUCUCUUGAAAAUACUCAAUUAUAGGAAUAAUUAAAAUAUUUAGAAUUUCGCUAUUCUUCUGAUAUCAAAGAUAAAGAUUAAGAAAUUAAUGAUUUAAAAAUUUAAUUAUUAGAAUUAGGGGGGGUUAAAAUAAUAAUUAUAAAAAUUCCAAUAAAUUUCUUAGGAAUAAAAAAUAAAUUUACUUGAAAUUCAAAAAGUAGAAUCAAGAUAAGAUUCAAAUAGAAAAUUAAAAAUAUCACUUAAUAAUUCAGGAAUAUCUUAAUAAUAAUAAAAUUAUUCAGUAUUAAGAUAAUCUAGUUAAUAAUAUAAAUAGAGUUUACAAAUUGAUUAAUCAAAAAAUACUGAAUUUACUAAAUAAUAUAAUGAAAUUGAUGAAAGUGAAAAAUAAUUAUAAUAAAGCAAUAAAUAAUUAAAAAAAAUUAUAAGAGUUAAUUAAUAUGAUGUUAUAAAUUUUGGUUUAGAAAUUAAAUUUAAAUUAUUAAGUAAAUAAGUAUCAAUAUAAGAUGUUGAAAUGUUAUUUGAAAAGUAUGAAUAAUAAAUUAAAAUUCAUGAAUUAUUAGAUUUGUUUUUAUAAGAACCAUUUAAAAUUUAGAGUUAUGAAUAAAGAAAACUUAAUGCAAGAUAUUUAGUUGAGGAUAACAAUUAAGAUUAUAUUGUGUAUGAUGCUUUAAGAAGUAAUGAUAAUAAAAUUGUUAUGAGUGUUUUCAAACAAUUAAUUGGGAAAUAUGAAUUAUUUACAAAAAAAGAAAUUAAUUCUAUAGAAAAUUAAUUGAAACAUAUUUUUGAGAAAUACUAAUUUUAAUUUAAUGAUGCUAUUUAAUAAAUUAUAAUAAAAAAAAACAUUUAAAACCUGGUUAAUGUGAAAAAGCAGAUUAUGAAUAGGCUAUCAAAUUUUCAGAAAUAAAUUUCACUCCUAGAUAAUUGGAAUAUAUUUAUUUUAUUAAUUAUACAUUUUUCCAGGAUUUAUCAAUAAUAUACUAUCAAAAUGUGA